AUGGCAGGAGGGAAGCCCCUGAAUUCCCACAGUAAUAAAGCAGUGUGGGGAGUUUUUGGUACCCAGUGGCUGAAUAUUCCUCACAAAGUGCCCUUUCGUGCUGUAACAAUCCGAGUGGUUGGAUCUCUGCCUGAGAGAGUGGUUGGAGAUGAGAAGAAACAGAUGGUUGCAAGUGUUGAGAAACAGCUUGAAGAAGCAAGGGAACUGCUUGAGCAGAUGGAACUUGAAGUUCGAGAGAUCCCACCUCAAAGCCGAGGCAUGUACAGCAGCCGAAUGAGAAGCUACAAACAAGAAAUGGGAAAACUUGAAGCUGAUUUUAAAAGGUCACGAAUUGCCUACAGUGAUGAGGUGCGGAAUGAGCUCCUGGGGGAUGACGGGAAUUCCUCAGAGAACCAGUUGAUAAAAUUACGUGAAGAGAGGGCACAUCUGCUCGAUAACACAGAGAGGCUGGAAAGGUCAUCUCGGAGACUAGAGGCUGGAUACCAAAUAGCAGUGGAAACCG